AUUGUAUAAAUAUGUCCUGUUGCCAACUUUUUUUCUUCUUUUUUUUCUAGCCUCACUCAUCAACCCAGUCUUCUCUCUCACUCUUCCUCUCUUCCUCUCUUCCUCUCUUCCUCUCUUCUUUCUCAUCUGCAAGCACAGAAACUCGCAGACCUCUUUUCUUCCUUACUCUCACACUUUCCCUAUACUCCCUCCAUAUCAAAUCACAAUGUCCGCUGUUGAAAAAUCUGAUGAUGCUGGCUCCAUUGACCAGUCCGUCGCACAGCCAAAAGUCAGCCUUUCCAACUUGGAAGAGCAGUCCUCUUGGAACUGGUUCACUAUUCGUACCCUCAUUACCUCCGGAACUGGCUUUUUCACCGAUGCCUAUGAUGUUUUCAUCAUUAACUUGAUUGUCCCCAUGUUGGGCUACGUCUACUACAAGGAGACUAAUGGUCACAUUCCCACUGGCAUUGAAGGCGCUCUUAAAGGAAUGGCCUCUUUCGGAACCCUUGUUGGUCAACUUGUUUUUGGUUACCUCGGUGAUGCCUGCGGUCGUCAGAAGAUCUAUGGUCUGGAGCUCAUGAUCAUCAUUCUCGGAACUUUCUGCUGCGCUAUGGUCGGCUCAAACGCCAAGGGUGCCACCGUCAUCUCAUACCUUACCUUCUGGCGUUUCAUCCUUGGAAUUGGUAUUGGUGGUGAUUAUCCCAUGUCUGCUACUGUCACGUCUGAGUGGGCCUCUGCUGGUCGCCGUGGUCAGCUUAUGUCUAUCAUUUUCUCCAUGCAAGGCAUUGGAAACAUGAUGGCCUCUGUCGUCACUCUUAUUGUCCUCGCUAUCUUCAAGUCUUACAUUAUUGAGGAUGUUGAUUACCUUGACAUUGUCUGGCGUAUCUGUAUCGGUGUCGGAUGCAUCCCUGCUGUUUCCACCAUCUACCUCCGCAUGACCAUGCCCGAAUCUCCUCGUUACGCCAUGGACGUUGAGAACGAUGUUGAGAAGGCCAACCAGGCUAUUAAUCGUGCCACUGCUAAUGUAGCUCUUGAGAACAACACUAUCUCUGCUACUGAGGUCAUUGCUCAACAAACUGCCAUUGCUGACGCCAAGGCUAAGCGUAACCACGGCCGUGACUUCAUCGAGUAUUUCUCUGCUUGGGAAAACCUUAAGGUGUUGAUCGGUACCUCUUCUACUUGGUUUUUGCUCGAUAUCGCCUUCUACGGUAUCUCUCUCAAUCAGUCCUAUGUCCUGAACGCCAUGGGUUUCGUCGGCGAUGGUACGGUCUAUGACAACCUCUGGAGAACCACUCUUGGCAACUUGACUGUCUCUCUCCUCGGUUUUGUUCCCGGUUACUGGUUCACUGUGUUCUUGAUUGAGAAGAUGGGCCGCAAACGUAUCCAAUUCAUGGGUUUUGGCAUGUUGACAAUCCUUUUCAUCAUCUUGUCUGUUGCAUUCCACAAGCUGAAGACAAUUGUACCUCUUUUCGUUGCUGUCUUCACCUUGGCACAGUUCUUCUUUAACUUUGGACCCAACACCACCACUUUUGUCGUUCCUGGUGAGGUCUUCCCUACCCGCGUUCGCGCCACUGCCCACGGUAUCUCCGCUGCCGCUGGCAAGCUUGGUGCUAUCUUGGCUACUUUCCUUUUCAAUAAGGUUGCAGAGAUCGGUGGAGCCCCCGGUGAGCACGCCUUCUUGCCUCAAUUGCUUGGAAUCUUUGCCGGUGUCAUGGCUCUUGGUUUCUUGUGUACCUUCCUCAUUCCCGAGACUAAGGGUAUGUCGCUCGAGGAAAUUGAAGAGCGCGGCACCAAGAGAGCUGCCACUGCUUAAGCACCCUAAAAGAGAGAAGACUUCAAAACAAACAAUCAGUCAGAAACUUGUACACAUACCACUCUUUUCUAUUUAAUUCAUACAAUAGUUUAGGCAUUAUUCAUCUCAUUGUAAUAUAUAUAACUCAAUUAAAAGAAGAAAAAAACCAGAACAAACUAAGCUCUACUGAGGU